GAGUGGAGGAGGGCAACUCGGCGAGCUCCGGAGGAGGGCCAGGUGCGCUGGCGCGAAGGAUGCCCGGGGCUGGAGAAUCUCCGUAGGCUGGGCAGGGGCGCGGCUGGACCGGCUGGCUGCUCCUCCCCCGGAGGCUGCGCCGCGCUGCCCUGCCGGGGGCGGGUCGGGGGCAGCGGAGCUCCCGGCAUGUCGCAAGGGCUCCCGGACACCGGUGGCGUCCUGCAAAGGAGCGUCUCUGCCCGCGGGAACCAGCAACAGCCGCAGAGCCCUGAGGACGAUGACAGGAAGGUCCGGAGGAGAGAAAAAAACAGAGUUGCUGCUCAGAGGAGUCGGAAGAAACAGACCCAAAAGGCUGAUAAACUUCAUGAGGAAUAUGAGUGUUUGGAGCAAGAAAACACCUCCCUUCGGAGAGAGAUUGGGAAGCUGACAGAAGAGCUAAAGCAUUUGAAUGAUGUGCUGAAGGACCACGAGAAGAUAUGUCCCCUGCUUCACUGCUCUAUGAACUUUGUACCUAUGGCUCGGCCUGACCCCAUCACCAAUUGCCUGCCCAGAUGAGGCCCAAGGACUGUCCUUGCCACCGGGUGAGGGAGGAGGCCUGGUUGUUUUCAACCAGGGUGAGAGGCUUUCCAAUUUAUGCCUUCGUGUACAAGGCUCUGUGACCAGAACUCAUUGCCCAUGAGGUGCUGGUGAAAUCUAAAGCUCCGAACACUUAAGCGGAUCAAGUCUUUAGUUCCACUUUUUGUCUGCUUUUGGCAGUUAGUAGCUUUCAGCUGUCACUCAAACAUUAGAUGCCUUUUCCUCAUUCUCUCUAAAAUUUGGUUAAUAAAAAUUAUUUUUACCUCUUCCCCACUAUCUCAUUUCUCUAGACUUCUAGCCCCCAGAGAAUGUGACUUGUUUGAGUCUGAGUUUGGUUUGGUUUUUCUCUUGCUAGAGAAAGCCUGUUAGCCUUCACUUCCUUUUUCUUGGCCAGUUCAAUUUCAUUUCUGAUGUUCUAGUUUGAUGGUUAUUAUCAUCAUUCCUAUUGAGUUUCAUUGAUUUAGAGUUAAAUGAGACCUUAGGAAAUCAUCUCGUCCAGCCCUCUCCUUUUAUAAAAAAGCUGACAAAUAUCAACAAAUACAAGUGAACAUGAACAUGAACAAAAAACAGAAAAAGAUUAUGUAUGAAACCAUGAAGAUUAUCUACUAAAUACAGAUUAUUUUAUAAAAGUAUAUAUUAAAUUUAACAUUAUGA